AUGGACAAUUCGCCACUGGAAGCUUGUCUCUAUGCUGCUCUGCUUAUGGUUCAGUGUGUGCAGGUGCAAUGUGAGCAGAGCUGUGAUCAGACAGAGUUCUUGCACCCUAAUGGCACAUGUGUUGUCUGCCCUGCAUGUGGGCCUGGAGAGCAGCUCCCAGAGGACUGUGGGUUUGGAGAUGGUGGUGAGGGAGUCUGUGUGCCGUGUGCAGAGGGGACGUUCAGCUCUGAUAAAGAUGUGGCUCCCUGCAGAAGAUGCACCAGGUGCAAUCUGCUGAACCGCCUGGAGAGGACAGGAUGCUCACCCACCAGCGAUGCCCUGUGCGGGCAGUGCCUCCCUGGGUAUUAUGAACUCAGGAGCAUGACUGGGGAAGUGGAGCUGUCCUGUGUGUCGUGUUACAGCCAUGACACAGUCCAUAAAGAGUGUUUGCUUUUCAAAGGUCAGGGUUCUAAAGCAGGAGUAAACAAAGAAGACAUUCCUGUGGUUCUGAUUGGUUCCGCAACAGCGUCCUCAAUUUUCCUCAUUGCUCUGCUGCUCUGGGCUUUUCUACUGACUGCGGAGAGAUUCAGUGAUCAUUUAGUUUGUUUUAACCUCCAUCAGUCCUUAAAUUCUUACAUAAAGUUAACUGCAUCUCCUCCCAGAGGCCUAAUCUCACUGCGGCAUGAGAAUGAGAUGCAUCCUACUUCUAUUGUGAUUAAUCUCACCACCAACAUCAAGCCCUCCAGUCAGGAGAAAGACGACAUCACACGGGAGGAACGGCAAAGCAGCCGCUGCGGCACAGAAGAGAUGGAGCAAAAACUGCAGACAAUUUGGGAGAUGGCUCAAGGUCACGGUGUGGAGAUGCUCGACUAUGACUCAGUCCAGGACUUGUCCCUGCUUCUUGACUCUGCUCACGACAGGGACGUGUUGAGUAGACUGGGGCGGUCUCUGGGUGUCCCGCCUCAGGUCAUCGCUCAUCUCCAAGGCUUCCAGGACCUCUUUCAAUACCUGCGCACCUCCACCUACACACUGCUGCCCCAGCUGGCCCAGGCUGCCGCCCUUCUCCCUAAUCCUGAAGUUGUUGCUAGGAUACACAGAGCCGUGGUGAACAAUUGACCACUCAGACCCUGAGGAUGUGUUACCAUGACUCCAACUGUAUAGUAUUUCUGACCCACAUUUUGUGAUGACUCAGUUACCAGUCGGAUCACCCACUAUACGGAAUCUCCUUGCUGAGCCGUAAUGACAUUCUUUGUAACUGAAAUUAAUUGAUUUUGAGUGAUAUGUGAUUUCUACUGUCGAGAUAAUGAGCAUGAAAGUAACAUUCAAAAUGACUCCCAACACUUUUGUGCCCAUUUUGUUUGCUUUUCAAAUCCGAAUAAAACAAUACUGUUAAUAGAUGUCAUGUGCAGAAGUGGAACAGUGAGAAGAAGUCAUUAUUUGUGCUUUUUAUGUUUAAUAUUGCAACAUCCAGGUCACUGCAACUGAACCUUAACAUGCGGUGUUGGUUCCUGUUUACUGUGUAAAAUAGAUGAGAGGCCCUCUGGCUCAAGCAUGUGAGACAGACCAGGACAGAGGAAGCAGUGUUCAAAGCGAGAGAAGGAACAUAGAGCCCUGAGAAAAUGUGUUAUUCUCUCACUGGGAGACGUUUGCCAACUGACCAUUUUCCUUAAUCUCCAGCUCUGCAGAUUCUUCGUCACGUUAAAUCAGGUAAGGUUUCGAUUUCCUUCUUUGCGUUGCCUACUUUUCAAAACCACCUCACAAGAAAAUGCUAAACAAAUUCUCAGUAAAGUUUUUUAUCUUAUGU